UUUGCUCAUUAUAGUUUUUGCAUGAACCAUAGUAAAUUAACAUUCUAAUGAUUUAUGAGUUUCAAUAUUUUAUGUAUUUACAAGUUUUGUAAUUUUAGAGCCAGUCUGCGGCAUUUUGACGAGAUACCCAGUUUCUCUGGUCUGAUGCGAUCCAUGAGCUGCGAUACCAUUGCUCCAGAUAUACCACUGGUGCGUACUGUUUCUAUUGAAGAGAUUGAACACGAACAGUGUAGAUUGGCCCCAAAAGUCGAAGGAAGGAUACAGAUAUUAACUGAAGAAUUCAAAGAGAAAUUAGAACGUGAGAAAAGCCAAUUGUCUAUAUUAAACGAUGUCAUCGAAGAAGUCUCGGAACUAUAAUUUAGUUUUAUAUUAUAUUAUAUAUAUAUAUAUAUAGUUUAUUUAUUAUUAUAUAUAAAACUAUUACAGUUGUUUGUAUCAAACUUAUCUAGUCAUCUUUUCAAAAUUUAUACUUACAAAAACAAAAGUUAGGAAUUAAUAUAGCUGCAGUUACUCAAUUUUUUUUAUUAGUAUUUAAAUUUUUGCUCAAUUUUGCAUGUCUAUUGUUGAGAUUUGAAUGCUUUAUUUUAAAUAACUUAUGUUGUACUAUAAAAAUUUGUUGAUAGGAUUGUUUUUUAUAGCAAAAUUUAUACCAGAUAAAUUUUUUAUUGAAAAUUUUUAGAUUAAAUUAGAUUUGCACAAAAGUUGUUAAAAUAAUAUAUAUAUAUAUAUAAUCCACGUUAUAUUUUGAUGCAGAAUUUAUACAAUUGUUAAUUAUUAGAAGUAUUUUUCAUCUGCUUUCUAUAUUAAAUUGGAUAUAGAAUUAGAUAAGAAUGUAUUUUAAGAAAAUAUUAUUCUUCCCUGUGUCGGGAUCAUGCACUUCUAUAUAUUUCUCAAUUGGAAGACAGAAUAUUUUCUGACAAGGUUCUUAAUUCUCAUUCUGUAUCACACAGAAAAUGUGAAAUUCUCAGAAUUUGUGCUUAUGUUAUGCUAAAAUGGUAAAUAUAAUAUACUUGUAAUUUGAAGUACUGUAUCAGAACUUUAUAUUGAAUGAUGCAUUUAGAAGUAAACUGUGUGUAAAAGAA